GAUUAUGAAAAAAUACUAGUUUUUGGGAUAUAUUUUCCACUGUCUAUGAUCAUCUAUGGCUUGUUUAUGGCUUGUUGCAGCUUUUUUUUUUGUUUUGCUUUUUAGAUUAAUAGAUGCAGAUAAUAUUUUACUUGUUACAAAUAAAAACUGUAUUCUGAGUAUUGAACAUUUUUUUCCAAGUUUGCAGCAUUUGGCAUCCAGCAUAGUAAACUUUAGGAAGCUGCUUUGUACAUUAUUCUGUUACCUCAGAGUUGUGUAUAAAUUUAGAUAUUGUACAAAUGAAGGUGAGAAAUAUUUUGCAUGCAUCUUUUUGAAGUGAGUUUGCCCCAACUAUUAAAACAGUUCUUAUGCAAUUUAUUGGCUUUAAUCUAGAUAAUGAACUUGAAUUUCUUGCUACUACCUACACAGCUGCUACUCUUCAUUUUUUUAUUAAUAAAAGUGCAUUAUGUUCCUGAAAUUUUAGUAUGGUUGACAAUCUUGGCUUAUCAACUGAAGAAAAAAUGCUGUCAGAAUUCCUGAAAGCAUAAUGUAACUGUCAUUAGCCUCCUACACAAGCUUUUCAAAGAGAGCUUGUUUGCUAGGAGGAGAUGGGGAUGCAUUGAUUGUACAGUGUGGUUAUAGCAACGUUUUUAAAAAGCUUUCAUUGUAUGAUACAUGUUUAUUUUAAGAAUGGUACCACAUAGUUAAAAUUUUCUACGUAGUAAUAUUUUUCCAGAAAAUAUUUUUCCCCUUUUAAGCGAGGACAUAUUAAGAACGUAGGUGUUAGUGUUAUUUAAUGAAUACUAUUGUGAAGAUAAUGUGUAGUGGUUCAUGAGUUUUUGAAGCUCUGUUUUUGAAGUAGUCCUUAUGGGCAAUAUUGUAAAAACUUUUAUUUUUAACAAUCUCGUUAUUUCCUGUUUGAUGUGCUUUGUCUUUUUAAAAUGGUAAUUAAUUUUUCCUCUGAUUGCCUCUGUUCACUACAGAAAGCAAGCCUAGGGAGGUUUGCUAUACUCAAUUACUGUGCUUUGUCUCCAGUGAUGUCAUAAUUAUUUUUAAUCAUUGUUAAAAAUUAAUGCAAGCAUUAGUGUACUUUAAUGCACAUUAAAUCACUAUUGAGGAUCAGUAACUACCAUUCUGGUCCAGUGCUUCUGCCUUGACCUGCUUUUCCACAAGCAGUUAUUAUAUGCGAGUUGCUUUAUUGCACUUACACAUACAUACAAAAUUAAAUAUACUUGAAGGAUAAAAUUAGUGUUAUAGGUAGUCCUGUACUCAUGACUGCAAUGGGGGACUGGACUUUCAAUCAUUAACUUGUGAUGGUCAUAAAUCAAGGACCAGACCCAAUUUUAUGACUGUUUUUAUGGCAAUCAUUAAGAGAAUCAAGAUGUCAUAAAUCUGAUUCACAUGGUUGUUAAAUGAAUUGCAAGGUUGUAACUGCAACCUAUUCUCCUGACAGGGUGUUUUUUUUUGCCAGAAACCAGCAAAAAAACACUAGAAAUGGCCAAAAAAAAAAAAAAUGUUGCAAAUCACAGUUAUAUGACUACAGAAUCUGCAAUUGGUCAUAAAUGUCAGUCAGUUCCCAUAAUGCAGUCAUGUGACCAUGGGAAGAAGAUGCAACAUAAUGCAAUGGCUAGAAGUACUUUAUGGGUUAUAAAGCACCUUUUCUGAGGCAAUUAUCUCCAAACAACUGGUCUUAAAUCAAAGACUACCUGUAGUUACUAGCAUUCUCCCCCCCACACCUUAUAUUACAAUAAUAUACAAUUAAACCAGUAGUAUUGAAAUUAGAAAUUGUGACUUGAGAAAUAGAAGUAUGGAAUCUUAUCUGAGCAUAUAGAUCUACACCCUAAUGUAGGCUAUUUACUUUUAUAAUAUAUAUUUCAAUAUCUUCUUUACUUUUUAGUAAAUUGUGGUUUAUAAAGGGACACAUAGGUUGCUAUGCAUUGAUUGGCACUUUUAAAGGAUUAUGUCCUCCUACAUCAUGGUUGUCAAACUCAAUUGUGUUAUGGGCCGGUUUGUGACCUAUUGUGAUGUUUUUUGCUUUUGCGGAGUCAUGGUGGGUGUGACCUGCAUGUGAUGUAUCCGAUCCAUGGGCCGCCAGUUUAACAGGCCUGUUCUACAUGCUUAAACAAGUCAUAAGUCUCUGUGAAUAGGGCCCUCGAAGAAAAAAUUAUUUUUCUCGAGAUGGAAAGAUCAGCUUUUUAUCUGAGGAUACAAAAUGUGGUGGAAGAACGGGGGGGGAGCUCUAAGAGAUAUAGUGGCAAACAUUCUGGCUGGGAUUCUGGAGAUAGCUAAGGAAGAUAUUCUGAGAGAUAUUGAUGACGUUUUCCGUGUACAUACGAGUUACACCAGGAGGCAGAAACUUCCGAUAGAGGUCCAUGUUAGGUUAUCCAAGAAAGCACUUAGGGAAGAAGUGAUUUUGAAGUCCAGAGACAAAAUGGUAACAUAUAAAGACAAACAACUGAUAAUUCUGAAACAACUCCCCAGACGGGUACGGGAAUUACGGCGAAAUUAUCAUUUCUUAACUGCUCAACUAAGAAAACACAGAAUGCUAUAUAGGUGGCUAUUACCGGAAGGGUUACAAUUUACGUGGGCAGAUAAAGUGAGAAUUGACAACCUUAGAGAUGCCAGUGAUUUUCUUAUCAGAUAUAUAAACCCCUCAGAAUCGGAUGUGGGAGAAGAGUCGGAGUGCAAGAGUGGGGAAGAAUUAUUAGAGGAGGAAGAGAGAAGGGAACCAGAACAGCUAGGCGGGAGAAAGAAAGGAAGAGGACAGAAGCAAAUAGAGGCAGAGAUAGGAGUUGAGGGACUGAGCCAGAGAGAAACAAGACAAACAAAAAAGAAACUCCAAGCAGAAGGCAAGUAAGGGCAACAGAAGGGAGAAGGGAUGGGGGAGGAAAUUCGUCUAUUGUCAGUUAACAUCAAUGGGCUGAGUAGCCCAAAUAAGAGAAAAAAGAUUUUUAAUAAAUUAAUAAAAGCACGUCUGAAUAUAAUAUGCCUUCAAGAAGUACAUGUGAAAAGGGAUCAUCUUUAUUUAUUGAAUUAUACCAAACUGGGUCAAUUAUAUACGUCUUUAGCGGAAACUAAAAAAAGAGGAGUAGCAAUUUAUGUCCAAAGGCAUAUAAACUCGAAAUUAAUUUUUGCAGAUGAAGAACGGAGACUUCUAAUUUGUUGUAAAAAAUGCUUACUGGUUUGUAUUUAUGCACCUAAUGGGAAUCAGAAAGACUUUUUUCAGAAUCUCUACAGUAAAUUGGUAGAAUAUGAUUACUCACACAUUUGUGUAGUGGGGGACUUUAAUGCCAUGGAUGAUAAAAAUAAAGACUAUAUAUCUGGAAACAGGAAACAGGAGGGGAAAAAGAGCUCUGUAAAGAAAAGACUGCCUAUUAUUUGCCAUCAAAUACAAGAGGAAUUUGAAUUUAAAGACAUUUGGAGGGAAAAACAUCCAGAAGAUAGACAAUACACAUACUUCUCCACCAGGCAUCAUUUUGGUCGUGGAUAGAUGCGGCUUGGAUGUCAGGGGAAUUGCGGCAGGGAACACAGAAAGUAGAGAUAGGUGUCAAUGAGUAGGCAGACCAUAAUCCACUCUGGAUAUCAUGGGGAGGGUUGAAAACAAGGCCUAGGUGGAGAAUGGACGUGAGGGUCCUCAAAGAUGAAUAAUUUUUAACUUAUGUAAAGAAGGAGAUGGGUUUUUUCUUCCGGGAAAAUAAUAAUGAAGAUGCAAACUUUUAAAAUGUAUGGGAAACAGCUAAAGCAGUGUUUCGGGGUUUAGUGAUAAAUUAUACAGCUGGGAAACGGAAGAAGGAGAAGGCUAAAUGAGACAAAUUAUUAGAAGACCUGACAAGAAGUGAGGUUGCAUUGCGACAGGACCCAAAUAAUAGAGAACUUAAUAUGAAUUUGAAAUUAGUGCGACAUCAAAUUAAUUUACUAGACCAAGAGGAUUUAGAAAAAAAAUUAGGUGGAUGAAACAAUGACAAUUUGAAAAUGCAAAUAAACAGGGAAGAUGGCUUACAUACCGAUUAAAAAAAGAAAAGGAAAAGAGUAGAAUUCACAAUUUGAGAGAUGGAAAUGGUGAUUGGAUCACAGGGGAAGAAGGGAAGAAAAGAAUAGCGCAGGAAUUUUAUACCGAUUUAUAUAGAAAAGAAGAUAAGCCUGAGCAAGAAAUAAGGAAAUACCUAGAAGAAUCUGACCUACCCAAAAUAUCGGAUAUGUCUAGGGAAAUACUGGACAGGGAGAUAAUGGAAGGGGAAAUUGAAAGGGUUAUGGGAAAACAAAAAACAGGAAAGACUCCCAGUAUGGAUGGUCUCUUGAUAGAAUAUUAUAAGGCACUUUGGGAAGUCUUAAACCCUUAUAUGACAGACUGUUUAAUGGGGUAAUCUGGGAGGGAAAGAUCCCGAAUUCCUGGUCAGAAGCGUUAAUAACCCUCUUGCCAAAGGAUAGUAGUGAUUUAUCCCUAAUCCAGAAUUAUAGACCUAUUUCGCUCCUUAACGCAGACUACAAACUAUUUGCGGCAGUAUUAGCAGAGAGGCUAAAAAGUUUCCUAAGUCAAUUUAUACAUGAAGAUCAAAAUGGCUUCUUACCCUGUAGAUAGAUUAGAGACAACGUGAGAAUAAUCAUGAAUGUUUUGGAACAUUAUGAAACCCACAUUGAUAAACAAUUGGCUUUGGUUUUUGUGGAUGCGCAAAAAGCCUUUGACUGAGUGAGCUGGAGUUUUUUAGUGGGCUUAUUACAACAUAUGCAAUUCGGGGAAAGGUUUAUCCGGGAAAUUUGAACAAUCUAUUCGAAGCAGUCUGCCAAAAUUUUAAUUAAUGGAGAGGUAUCUGAACAAAUCUGCAUCGAGAAAGGAACUAGACAGGGGUGCCCGCUUUCUCCAUUGCUAUAUCCUAACAUUAGAACCUUUAUUGAGGGAAAUUAGGUGCAACUUGGGGAUAAAAGGAUUGCAUAUUAAGGACCAACAAUAUAAGGUACAAGCAUAUGCCGAUGACCUAGUAUUUAUAUUGGAAGAUCCUAUUCUAUCGGGCCCAAAUUUGAUCUAUGAGUUAGAAAAAUACAGAAAUGUAGCGGGCUUAAAAAUAAAUAAGGAAAAAACUAAGGUUAUCAUUAAAAAUUUGACAACAAAGCAGAGUAAGGAAUUAGAAGUGAAUUUGGGAUUUCAAAUUGUCAAUAAAUUACGAUAUCUAGGUAUUAUAUUAGCAGCCAAAUGCUCAACAAUCAAGAUAAUUACUUGAAAUUACUUCAACGAACAGAACAGGACUUAGAGAAAUGGAAGAACCUUCAGACGUCUCUAUUAGGUAGGAUCGCGAUUAUAAAAUCCUAUAUUCUCCCAAAAUGGACAUAUUUAUUUUAUACAGCACCAGCUAGAUUAGACAACAAUUUCUUUAAAAAGCUAAAUUAAUGUGUUCUUAAAUUUAUCUGGCAAAAUAAAAAGCCCAGAAUUAAACUUAAAAUGCUUCAAGAGAUGAAAGAAAGAGGGGGAUUCGGCUUACCAAAAUGGGAAUAUUAUUAUCAGGCUGCAAACUUAGUUUGGAUAAGGGAAUGGAUCCUGCUGAGAAGAAGACGAUUGUUGAUUCUGGAAGGUUCGGGAUUACAACAGGGUUGGCACUAUUUUCUUUGGCAAGAUAAGAUUAAAAAAUAUAUGAGCUUUGCAGGUCAUUAUGUAAGGAACAUCUUAAUUGAAACAUGGAGAAAAAUCAAGGGUAAAUUCUACUUCUUGACCCCGUCUUGGUUGGUCCCACUAGAAGCUAUAACAUAUAGCUCGCUUUACAAUAAAGAAAAACACCUAUCUUACCAGGAGCUAUUGGAUGCUCAAGGCCAUUUAAAAAUAAGAACUGAGUUAGAUCUUCAGGGAAUAGAAUUGGAUUGGUGGUCUUAUGUCCAGAUCAGCUCUAAACAUAAGAAAGACAAGGAAAAAGGUGGCAUAGAUAUGACCCAGCAAGAAAUAAAUAAUAUUAUAUUAGGAAAGGAGGAAAGAAUGUUAUCCAAGAUUUAUUAACUCUUAAUAAAUUACUGGAUAGGGGAUUAGAUUGUUAAAGAUUCAAUGAUUGCCUGGGAAAGAAAUAUUGGUUACUCAAUUGAGUUGGUAAAAUGGGAAGAAAUAUGGACGAAACAACUGAAACUCCUGAUGGCAACCACUUACAAAGAAAACUUGUAUAAGAUGGUGUAUAGAUGGCAUCUCCCUCCUGCCCGACUAUCCAAAAUGUUCCCAGGACUCUCCGCAAACUGUUGGAAAUGUGGGGAGAUAGGUAUUUAUUUUCACGUAUGGUGGACCUGCCCCAAGGUAAUUGAGUUUUGGAGACUUACACAGGGAUGGAUAUUAGAAAUCACUGGAUAUAAAUUACAAUUGAAACCAGAAUACUAUCUAUUAAAUAUAAGGCCAGAUAAGAUAGGCACGAAUACAUGGUGUCUGAUUGUAUAUAUCACAACUGCAACAAGAAUAUGUUUUGCUCAAUAUUGGAAGUGGAAAGACUUACCGGCUGAAGAUUUGAUUUUGGGAAAAAUUAUGGAAUAUGCGGAAGCUGACAGGUUAACAAAAAUUUGGAGAGAUCAAAAGGAUUCCGCAUAUUUUCAAUGCUGGGACCAAUGGUAUACUUGGUUGAAUAAUAAAAUAAAAAGAAGUAGCAAUGCAGCAAGUUUUGGAUAAUCUUACUGAUUUACCCUCAUCAUCAGGAGCUGAAGAAAUAGACCUUAUUUUCUUGAAAGGAAUUAUGGAGAAUCCUAUUGUAAAAUCACUUGCUAAGGCUCAUGAACGAUUAGAGGAUUCUAAACUUGAGGCUGUGAGUGAUAACAAUCUGGAGCUGGUCAAUGAGAUUCUUGAAGACAUCAGUCCAUUAAUAAAUAAAGAUGAAAACAUUGCCGAAUUAGUUGGUAUACUAAAGGAACCACACUUUCUGUCACUCUUAGAAGCUCAUGAUAUUGUGGCAUCAAAGUGUUAUGAAUCUCCUCCCUCUAGUCCAGAAAUAAAUAAUGCUUCGGUGAAUAAUCAGAUAGUACCAGUAGAUGCUAUUCGUAUACUUGGCAUUCAUAAAAGAGCAGGGGAGCCUUUGGGUGUGACAUUUAGGGUGGAGAAUAAUGACCUGGUGAUUGCAAGAAUCCUUCAUGGAGGAAUGAUAGACCGACAAGGUCUCCUACAUGUAGGUGAUAUCAUUAAAGAGGUUAAUGGUCAUGAAGUUGGAAACAAUCCAAAAGAAUUGCAAGAACUUCUGAAGAGUAUUAGUGGUAGUGUCACUCUGAAGAUUCUUCCUAGCUACAAAGAUAAUAUUGUUCCCCAACAGGUAUUUGUGAAGUGUCACUUUGAUUAUAAUCCAUUCAAUGAUAAUCUCAUUCCAUGCAAAGAAGCUGGUCUUAAAUUUUCCAAGGGAGAAAUUCUUCAGAUUGUAAAUCGAGAAGACCCAAACUGGUGGCAGGCCAGCCAUGUCAAGGAAGGAGGAAGUGCAGGACUUAUUCCUAGCCAGUUUUUAGAAGAAAAGAGGAAAGCAUUUGUUAGACGGGACUGGGAAAAUUCAAGUCCUUUCUGUGGGACAAUAAAUAGUAAAAGGAAGAAAAAAAUGAUGUAUCUCACAACUAGAAAUGCAGAAUUUGAUCGACAUGAAAUUCAGAUAUAUGAGGAAGUAGCAAAAAUGCCUCCAUUUCAAAGAAAAACACUGGUCUUAAUAGGGGCCCAAGGAGUUGGCCGAAGGAGUCUGAAAAAUAGAUUUAUUGUACUGAAUCCCACAAAAUUUGGAACCACAGUCCCAUUUACAUCACGGAAACCGAGGGAUGAUGAGAAAGAUGGACAAGCAUACCGGUUUGUGUCACGAAGUGAAAUGGAGGCAGAUAUUAAAGCAGGAAGAUAUUUAGAACACGGGGAAUAUGAAGGAAAUCUUUAUGGUACCAAAAUAGAUUCUAUUAUUGAAGUGGUUCAGACUGGAAGAACAUGUAUCUUAGAUGUGAAUCCACAGGCACUUAAAGUGUUGCGGACAUCAGAGUUUAUGCCCUAUGUAGUUUUUAUUGCUGCUCCAGAACUUGAAACCCUGCGUGCAAUGCACAAAGCUGUGGUUGAUGCAGGAAUUACAACCAAGCUUCUAACAGAUACUGAUUUGAAGAAAACUGUUGAUGAGAGUGCACGGAUCCAGAGAGCUUAUAGUCACUACUUUGAUCUGAUUAUUGUGAAUGACAACCUAGACAAAGCUUUUGAGAAGUUGCAAACUGCUACAGAGAAAUUGAGAAUGGAAUCACAGUGGGUCCCGAUUAGCUGGGUAUACUGACAGUUCUUUUAAAGAUGAAACAAACAUCAUGUAAUGUUAGUUGAAACAAACACUAUACUAAGAAAAUAUUGUACAGUGGUGCCAGAUACUUGGCAGGACCCAAUAUGUUUUUAUUUUAUGUAUAUUAAAAUAAUAGUAUGCUAGUCAAAUUUUUUAUACAAAAUGUUGAAGGGAAAGUGUACUUAAUAUGUGAUUUAUUUUAAUUUUUCUAACUUUUUACAAAUAACCUUUUUAUUCAUAUCACAUGAAGGAAAUGCGUUGAAGCAUUUUUAUAAAUGUUUUGAUUUACUACUUUGCCUUUACUCAUCUAAAGAACUUUCCAGUCAUUCAUUUAUACAUUUGAUCUUACAUUUUCACUGUGAUAAGGAGAAAAAUACUUGAAAAGGUUUUUGUAAAACUCUGUUUUAAAUCAAAUGUUUCAUCUUAUUAGUUUUUAUUAUUUAGAUAUAAUCCUUGUUCUAAUAAGCAUAUCUCCUUGACAUAAACAGAACUUUAAUAAAGCAACCAGCACUGAGCCAUGUUACUGAAGCAUAUUUGCUUAAUGUUAUCCAUGUUUUGCAGCUGUUUUGUCUUAGACAGAUGUACUGUAGACUUUUAUGUAGAUUCCCUUUUUACAUAAAUGUAAAAGCAAUAUCUUGAACUUUCCCUAAGAGACUCUUUUAAAAAGCCAACAUUUCAACCCAUUCAGUAAGUAUUUUUCAAAGAAUUCUCGUAAUGUAAAUUCAUUGUGUUUGAGGUAAUGGUGAAGUAGCCUGAAAGAACCUCACGCUACAGAGUCUUAGUGAAGAGCUCAGCAUGUAGAAUGUAUGUUCUUAGUUGUGGAAAAUUCAUAGCUUAGAGGAACAAAAUCUGCUUUUUUAUUAUGACCUCGCUCUGUAUUUGUAUAUCGUUCUAUGACGACUGGCUUUUAGUUUAUACCAGAGUAUUUAUGAGUGAUUUUGUGUGUUAUAAAACGUGAUGUGAUGGGGCUUUGAGCUGAUCCUUUGUGUUACAUGGCUUUAUUCACCAAAUAGAGUGUGAAACUAAAAUUAUUGUCAGAUGCUAAAAUUCAGUGUUAUUUAUCAAAGAAUUUAUUUUUGUUUCACACUCACGUUUUACAGUGUUAGCUAAUAACUUUUCCCUUAGUUAGUUCGUCAUCUUAGGUUCAUAUUUACUGAUUACAUAAAUGGAUUUCUGAUAUAUAUUCUAUUGAGGGGAUGUAGAUAUGGAUGAUUACUAAGAGGUAAUAAUUUGAUGAUCAUAUUUUAUAUUACGUCUGCUAUUAUAAAUAGAGCCAGACAUUGCUAACACAUAGAGAGUCUGAGGUAGCUAUCAUUUCCCCAUUUCAUUUAUUUUGCAUAUGAGUUUGGGCACUAGGAUUACAGAGCUUAUUUUCAAUACCAAAGUAUCAUACACAAGAUGCCAACAAUGAAAAAAUAUUGGAAAAGGCCAAGAGAGUACAAACUAGCGUUUAAGUAUUUUGCCUUUUAAGAUGCACAAGGAAACAGGGUUUCAAUAAUUUUUAGUUUAUAUAGAGAAAUGUUGAUACCAAAAAGGUAUUGUAGACUAAAAAAAACCUUUGUGGUAUUUUUUUAAAGAUUUAAGUAUAUUUUGUAAAUGUUAUGCAAAUAAUUGCAUAUCUGUGUCUUAAUUGCUAUCGGUAUUUAGAAAUUAGCUUCUAACAAUAUGAAAUAUUGUACAGAAAUUUAUUUCUGUUGCAUUAAUUCUGUAGAUAGGCUGAUGUUAAGUAUUUAAAAAUAUGUAUACCUGAGUCUGGGGUAAAAAAUUUCCAGUACCCAAAAUGACAUUUUACUCUGUAAUUUCAAUGUCAUUGUAGGGUUAUGAAGUGGGAUAAAGUGUAAAAAUGACUAUACUUUUAUUGAAUAUAAUACUGUUUGAAUGGAGAUUGAGCGGAAGGCAUUACUGAAACCUGAAGUCAAAUAACUGCUUCUCAUUCCUUUGUUUUCUAUUAUUACAUUAGCAUUCCAGUUGGUUUGAUGCUACUGCUCUUUGCUAGAUGAGUUUUUGGGCUGCAUUUUAAGUAGCCGGGAUUAAAGUUCUGUUCAGAUUCUACCUGAACUAUUUUAUUAAAAAAUAAAAUGUUCUCAAGCAGAAUACUUGGUCUACUCAUGUCUUGUUUCUAGCCAUUGAUUUGUAUUAUCCACUCCUGUUGGAAAGCAGAAGGUUUUUCAGAUUGGCCUUAGUUGAAGGAAAGUUUAGCAAGUGAUUAAACGAAUUUGAUGUUGGUUUUAAGGUUCAGAAGGUCAGUUUUUCCUGUCAAAAGCAGGAAGAAGAAAAACAGAGUAUCAGUAUUUGCCUUAAUGGCUUUCUAAAGAAAUGGUUAACAGUAGGGAAUUGGUCAAGAAACAUUUUAUAUUUUCUCUGGGCAAGACUUUUUAUGCUGGUACCCCUAUAUCAUCUUGGGAGAACUGCUCAUGUCACAGAAUUCACUCUUGGCAUUAAUAUGGGAAUUUAAACCACAGGUCCUGAAUGUAACAGGAAGAGUUAGUUCACUGCCAUGCAUAAGAAUUACUGCAUUUGAUAUAAAAUACACCUCUAUGCUCAGUCACAGACUAUCACUGCACAUUAUAUAGGCCAUUCACUGUUUUUGCUGCAUGGGUAUAGUAGUUCAAGCUAUGAAAUGAAACUUUGAAUACCCAUGAAUUUAUCCUCCCACUGAAUGGCAGCAAUGGAGAAGUAUGUAACAGGCAAAAUGAGGUGCAGAAUGGAUUAAUUGGAAAGGUGUAAAUCAGAGGCAGAACAUUUUAAGUGUCCUAAUUUCAGUUCUUGGCAUCUUUGUCUGCAACUGCAGAGUUCCUGUCAAUGAUCUAAACUGAUAUAGUGCAAAUUCCUAUGGAUAAUAAAUCCAGAAUAUACCAGACAUGUUUAACCACUUUACUCAAAGGAUAAAGUAUAUUUAUCCUUCCUUCAUUAAUAGAGUAAAUGUGAAAUCAUAUAAGGGUGAUUCCAUGUGUACUUCAAUAUAAAAAUGAAAAAUGUGUCUAUGCUUAACAUGAGUACAUGAAAUGGGAAGAAAAUAUUGCUUGCUGACAUUAGGGUACAUAAUUAUCUGUACCAAAGUAAAUAUAUAUUGAAAUAUAUGUGCUAAGUGUAUAGGUAUGCCUGUGUAAUAAUAGUAGAAAACAAUGGUUUAUGCAAAUGCCUAUACUAGAUGUUAACAUGGAUCAGUAAAUAAUAUUCAUUGUUCUGUUCUAUAAUUUUACCAAAAAUUAUGGAAUGGAAAAAAAUCAAUAAAAGUGCAUGACAGUUAUUAUAACGUUACUUAUCCAUUAAGGCAAUCCAUAAUUGUAUCUGUUUAAGCUUUUUUUAAAAAAAUAAUAAUUUUCCAUAAAUUUAUAUAGUUUAUACAUUGUGGUAACUUUAAAUUAUACAUAAGCUACAAUAGGUCAUACUGAAUUCACAGGGACUAUAAAGUUCCUGGAAUAUAUAAUUGUUAUAUGUUUAUUUAAGCUUUUCAUUUAUAUUAAAUUUAUAAUAAAAUGCAGAAUAUAUGAAUCAUGCUGAGUCAGACCUGAAUCAAAGCUAAUUUUAGUUUCUAAUGUAAAUGCCUAUUUCUCUAUAGCCAGUAACUGAAUCUUCAAGGAGAAGCUGCUACUGUUUUAAACUAUUUUUGGCCUUCAAAAUUUAUAAAUACAAAUAUACUAACCAAUAUAAGAACAGAAAGUGUCAGAAAGACAGUUGUCAUAAUCAAGGAAAAUUAUAAAAAAAAGAACUUAAGAGCAAGAGCUGAAGAAAGAGAAUAAUAGAAACUGAGGGACGUUUUAAAUCAGGGGUCCCCAACCCCUGGCCUGCAGUCCACUACUGGGCCAUGGCCCAUUCAGAACCAAGCUGCAGAAGAAGCAGGCAAGCGCACAAGUGUGUUCAGCUCCACUUGUACGCACAGCAGGCUGGCAAGCCUGCAUGUACAGUUCCAUUUGUGUGAGUGGCAGGUACAUGUGGAACCAUCCCCUCUCCCCUCCCUACCAGUCUGCAAAACUGGCAAGAUUGGAGACUGCUGUUUCAAAUGACAGUUCAUGUUGGUGCUUCAGGAAAAAUUCUAUUUCUUUCUAUUUAAUUUACUAGUAUCACAGAUACCCAGCGCGUUUAAAAUUAUGUACAAAAUAUUUGAGUAAUUUUUUUGUGGUUAAAAGAUUUUGGAAAAGAAAAUACUCAAAAAUAACAGCAAUAAUUUAACUGCUAAAUUAUCUACACAAGAUCUGGUAAAUCCUAUCUAUAAUAAUAAUGAGUUCCUAAAAAUGAUGUUUUAGCAAUUUGUGGAAUCAGCAGCAACUGCUAUUUUUGAGAAAGAUGCAAAAUUUUGAAUGCAAACUGCCCUGUUCAAAUCUGUAUAUGAUACUGAUAGAAAGGAUUAGAGUUAGGUACGUACUUUUGGAAUAAAAAUGUAAAAUACAGAACUUUUUUGGGAAUAUUUGUCUGAAAUUCAUUUCAGUUCAUGGGUAAUUUUUUAUCUGUUCAGAAUCAAAUAUAGUCUACAGCCAUUGCACAUUAUUACUAUUUUGCUUUGUCUUAUCUUGGUUCAAUUGGCAGGAGUUCCCAUAAUAAACCUUGGAAACUUACAGAGAAAACAAAGCAACCCUUAAACUAUCUCAAAAGCUGCUUUCAUCAUGUCAUAUUGAAAUAUUUGUGUUUAUGAUGUAAAUUGCUUUGGAUUAGUUUUCCAUUAAAGUUCACCGUGACUGGAACUAUGUAUUGGAUAAUCCUUUCUCUACAAUAUUAAAAUAGCAACAUCCAUGACAAAAAAAACAAAACCCCAGGCAACAAACUAAUGAGAUUCCUAACACCUCUUAUCUAUUUCAUUACAUACAGUAGGUAGUUCUCAAUUAGCAACUGUUGAAAGUUACAACACCUACCCCCACACAAAAAAAGGACUUAUUACCUGGAUUUGAAGUUCUGAUGAUCACCCCACUGUCACAUGAUCACACUUUGGAUACUGUUCCAUAAAUAUUUGCAGUGUCCUGCAGUCAUGUGACAGCAAUUUACAUUUUUUGCUGGGAACCGGUGUUUACUUCUGGCUUCCAGAAAAAAGCACCCAUAUAUGGGCAAUGAGUUUACUUAACAACCACUGUAAAAAGGUCAUAAAACUGGGCAUGGUGAUGCGCUUAAAACCCAUCAUGACUAACAAUGGUAAUUCCAGGUUCAAUUGUGGUAAAUUGAGGAAUACCUAUAUUUUAGAUCGCUUAUUUAUCUUCUUCCUUUCAAUGUCCUUGCCUUAUAUGGGCUUUCUUGGCAGAACUGAAUUUCUUUGAGACUUCUUGCUGCUAAACGGAUUGUCCAUUUUUAAGAUCGAACAUUUUUCUACUGAUCAAGUAUGAUAGCUGAGAAUCAUGUCCAGUCUUAUGAUGUUAUUUGUGUUCCAAUAUGAGGGUAAGAGAAACAUCUGAUUAAGGGUUCAGGUGCAUAUAUGAUAGUUAUACUUUUUUUAGAAAACGUAACAUGUUAGCGAGAGAAAGAUGUUUUAACUUGGAAGCUGUAUUAAAAUAAUAUAUCUUGGAUGCAUUGUCAUACCAUUUCUUCGAAUAUGUAUGCUAUCGAGAUCUACAUUUUUUGGGGGGUGAAUUAUAUGGGGGCUAUUUUGUGUUUCUAAGAUUAGAUGAUAGAAAAUCAUCAUUAGGUACAUUCCAGAAUAAUGACUUCUGUUAGGCUUAUGCAGUAUAAUUUUUAUUGCUUCAGCUCUUAAUAUUUCUAUUAAACGGUAACUUUUUUCAAACGUGCACUAAUAUUGAUACACAUAGGACAAUAGAAGAUUUAAAUGGGACUUGACUGAAUCCCUAAUAGGAAAUUUUAUUGUCUUUCCAUGCUGUAAAUCAGAAGAAAAUUGCCACAUAGAUCAGAUUAGAAAGUUCUGAAAAAGGAUCAUAAGAAAAGUGGUGAAAUUUCAUAGGACAAAUGUGUGCUAUUCAGUUAAACAAUGUUGUUGUUUUUUUUUAAAAAAAAAUCUGUUUACCCAUUUUAAGUUGUAUAUCAUUGUUGAAAUGUAUAAAACUGUGAAAUCCUGAAAACUCCUAAGAAAGUUAUUUUUGUAUAUAUGAAAUAAAAUGUAAUAUUUGAAAAUUCA